UCGCCGUGGGCUCUGCUGAAGCGGCCUGGCCGGUUGAGGGAGCCGCGGCGGCGGCGCUGAGGGCUUAGGCCCGGGUCUCUCGCUCUUUCCCCUCCCUCCCCGCCGGCUGUGCCCGUCCCUGCCCGGCGAGCCGCCAUGCUGGUGCCCGUCUUCACCCUCAAGCUCAACCACAAAAUCCUGCCCCGCAUGGUGGCGCUGGGCAGGUACGACGGCACCCAUCCCUGCCUGACGGCGGCCACGCAAGCCGGCAAGGUUUUUAUUCAUAAUCCUCAUGCACGUGGUCAACACGUCAGUGCCAACCGUUUGGUGCUUAGUGCCCAGGAGUCUGACAUUUCUCUUCUGAACAUAAAUGAGGCUGUGAGUUGCUUAACAGCAGGGGUCCUGAGCCCCACCCUUGGCUAUGAUUCCCUUCUGGUUGGCACACAGACCAGUUUGUUGGCAUAUGAUGUGCACAACAACGCUGACUUGUUUUAUGAAGGAGUUCCAGAUGGAGCCAAUGCGGUAGUACUUGGAACGUUAGGAGACAUUUCCUCACCUCUUGCAGUUAUUGGUGGCAAUUGUUCCCUGCAGGGCUUUAACCAUGAAGGGAAAGACCUUUUCUGGACGGUCACUGGUGACAAUGUUCGUGCACUGGCAUUAUGUGACUUCGAUGGUGAUGGGAAAAAUGAGCUUCUUGUUGGAUCUGAUGAUUUUGAUAUUAGGAUUUUUAAAGAAGAUGAAAUUGCGGCAGAAAUUUCAGAGACUGAGACUGUCACUGCAUUAACGUCAAUGUGCAGCUGCCGAUUCGGCUAUGCCCUUUCCAAUGGGACAGUAGGGGUUUAUGACAAGAUGACUCGCUACUGGAGAAUUAAAUCUAAAAACCAGGCUGUGAGCAUACAUGCAUUUGAUCUCAACUGCGAUGGUGUGUGUGAGCUGAUUACUGGUUGGUCUAAUGGAAAGGUGGAUGCACGCAACGACCGAACUGGAGAGGUCAUCUUCAAGGAUAAUUUUGCUUCCUCCAUUGCGGGAAUAGUUCAGGGAGAUUACCGAAUGGAUGGUAACACCCAGUUGAUCUGCUGCUCAGUUGAUGGGGAAGUGCGUGGAUACCUGCCAGGAAGCCAAGAGAUGAAAGGAAACUUCAUGGACACCACUGCGGAGCAGGACCUGGUUAGAGAGCUUAGUCAGAAGAAACAAAAUCUGCUGUUGGAGUUGCGGAACUAUGAAGAAAAUGCAAAGCAGAUGGAACUGAACACUCAAGUGACCGAGAUGGACGGGCAGAGGGGUGUGAUUCCAGCUAACACCCACCUGCAGACGACGCUCUUGGUGAAUCUGGGCUCAGACAGUCGAUCUGCUCAUGUUGAGCUUUGCAUUUCUACAUCAAAUGACACAAUCAUCCGAGCAGUGCUGAUCUUUGCGGAAGGAAUAUUUGAGGGUGAGAGCCAUGUGGUCCAUCCUAGUCAGCAGAACAUCUCAGGUCGCAUCAAAGUUCCUCUCACCCCUCCUAAAGACGUCCCAGUGGAUUUACACAUCAAGGCCUUUGUGGGUUACAAGAACAGCAUGCAGUACCACGUCUUUGAGCUGACCAGGCAACUCCCUCGCUUCUCCAUGUACACGCUAAGUAACCCAGCCUCUGCUCCUGAGCCUCAGAGCUUUGUAAAAUUCACAACCAGCGAGAGAGUGCAAAGGGUUGUCAUGUGGGUGAACCACAGUUUCUUGUUAUCAGAGGAAAUGGAGACGCAAAGCGCAUCAUUUCAAGUCUGCUUCGCCUCCUUGCGUGAUGCAGGACUGCUGUGCAUCAAAAUGAAGCCCAACGGGGAGAUCUCCGUUAGCACUGAUGAUAUUGACCUGGCUGGUGACAUCAUCCAGUCGAUGACUUCCUUUUUAGGAAUUGAAGACUUGCAGGUUGAGGCAGAUUUCCCAGCUUAUUUUGAGGAGCUGCGCAAGGCCCUGACCAAGGUGGAUGAAUCUUACUCAGUAUGCCAGAAACUCACCGCCGACAUGGCCGACAGCUCUAACCUCAUCCGCAGCAUGCUAGUUCGGGCAGAAGAUUCUCGCCUCAUGGGUGACGUGAAAAAUAUGAAGAAGCGAUACAUGGAACUGUAUAAUCUCAACAAAGAUUUGCUGUCUGAGUAUAAAAUCCGCUGCACCAAUCACACAGAGUUCUUAAAUAACCUCAAGGCGAUAAACCAGGCUAUCCAAAGAGCAGGACGCCUGCGGGUUGGUAAACCCAAGAUGCAGGUGAUCGCUGCUUGUCGGGAUGCUAUUAAGAACGACAACAUCAAUAUGCUCUUCAGAAUCAUGCGCAUAGGCACAGCCUCCUCUUGAUCAGAAGGGAGGGUGGAACUGAACAGGGUGGGCUGGUCUUCGCAAAAGGCCGCCACGUCAAGAAAUGGGCAGAUACGGUAGCAGCACAUCAAGCGCUGUGUACCCUGUCAGAUCAGUCGCAGCAGCUGCUUGGUAAACAGCACCCCAGCUCAGAGUAGGAUGUGCAGGUAUCUGGCGUGGUGUAUUGCCAAGAGUCAAUAUUUUUAAUCCUCUAAGGGAUAUUUAGUCAGUGGACACACAAACGGUGAAGUAAAAUAGAUUUUAUUAAGUAACUUAAAUAGUCUACAGAAAACCACAUCUACAGAAGAAUGAGUGCAAGAAAAUAAUAUGCUGCCAGGAACCUCGGAGAACAGUAGUGGGCGAACCCCCUGGGACGGGCCAGCUGCAGACCAUUGUUCCAUGGUUUCUACACUGUGGUUCAGUUCCAGGGGGUCCAUCCAUUGCCCUUCUUCAGGGUUCCUGACAGCUGAAGGGAUGCAAGCAUAUUGUUUUCUUGCAGUGAUUUGUCUCUAGACUACUUAGAUCUCAUUAAGCAGCUUAUCUUCCUUCACCCUUGGCAUGUUCAUUGCCUGCUGAUCCCUUAGAGGAAAAGAACAAGGUAGCUCGACCUGAAAUCUGUUGUAGGGGGGCUUGAGAGAGGAGAAACCUCAAGCUCCAUCUAUAGUAAUCUCACACUACAUUGAAGGAGGUCCUGUAAAGUUUAGAAGCCUGGCAGAAAGGCUCAGAAUCUGAGAGAACUGCAAGGUAGCAACUCAGCUGUUUACAGCCACGUAUGACUUUUUAUUUUCAGAAUCAAUUGGAUUUCGCAGCAGUUUAGUUUUUCAGUAAAAAGAGACAGACCUCAUCUUCCCUGUCUCGUUUGUGCGUGGCCACUGAUAUGCUGCUUCUCUGUAAGAAUCUCCAAAGUGGUUUGUUUUGUAUCUUCUCUAAUCAGUGCUUAGCAGUUUUACUCCUGCCAUGUCUACAGCAAGAAAGCGUAUCUGGUCCAAAAAUGCAUUAGAAAGCUUUAAAAAACCCUUUUAGUUGACUAAACAGUAGGCUGUCAGAUUUUGCUUCACUCUUUUGACUUCUCUUUUUAGUGGUUGUGAAAUCCCUUUUUACAAUACAGCUAGAAAUAUGUCUGUUGGGGUUUAGUUUGUGAGCCACGGUAGUCUAGUGGCUAGUGGGUCUAACUAUGGGGAAGACGAAUGUACCACCACUGAAUGGCACAGGUUCAUAGUGACCCCCUCCAUGGAGCAUUAAAGUCAAGAGAGCUGAGCUGAGUUGGUUUGCCACUGCCUCCCUCUAUAUAACCACCCGUCUCCCCUGCUGGUCUCCCUUCCAAGUACUGAAUAGCUAACCUUGCUUAGCUCUCAAACUUUUGACAAGCUUGGGCUGUGCUGGUCUGGAAACCCAGGUGCAAAUUCCCAUUUGUUAAACUCACUGGAUGAUGAUGGUCCAGUUGCACUCCUGCCCAGCCUAUCUUAAAGGGUUGGUGUAGGGAUAAAAUGGGAGCUCCUUAUAUGCCACCCAGCUUUGGAGAGGAAGGGAGUGUGACUACACAUGUGAUAACUAGCUGGACUGGGCUAGGGUGCUGUUUGGGGGAGAAGCAACGCAGUUACCCUCAAUAUCUACUAGGGGUGUACAUUGAAAAGAUUUCCAUUUCAGUUUUGAAUCCAGGAUUUCUGAACCAUGUACCAUUAUUGUUUCAGUCCCGUUCUUUGCAAUGAGGUCUUCCAUGCUCUUUGAGGGUUGUUUUUGUAUUUAACGGCACCAAAAUUACACAGAACACCGUUCUCUCUCUAAACCAUCGAUCCACCGAGUUUUUCCUCAGUUACAUUACACACACACAAUCAAAACAACAGACCCUGAAGAAGGCGAGUGUUGGCAGGUGCACACCAUGGUGGGAAAGUGGCUGGCAAGAGUAGCAUUAAAAACAAUCCAGGUUUAUGUUCACUUAUUUUUCUGUAGCAUCAAUAAAAUACCUUUGCAUCCUGA